AUGAGCAAUGCCGUUGCUAGUAUCGUAUCAAAUGUUUUUCACGGAGAUCGAGCCAGAAGUAUACCCAUCUGCCUUUAUGUUACUACAUACCUGGUUGCGACAAGCAUUGACCCAGUGAUUGGAGCGUCUAUACUUCAAUCCCUUUCCUGGCGAUGUAUUGGUCACAUUGAAUUGAUUUUCACAGCGGCAUUUUUUCCCCUCUUCAUCAUCGGUCUGCCCGAGACCCGCGGCUCAGCUAUCUUGCGAGUGAGAGCCAAGCGGAUAAUAAGUAAGAGUGAAGAGGUAUAUACAGCGAAUAAGCUCCAUCAUGAUGCAAAAUUGUACCAGGCCAUCCUCCAAAGCAUGCAACGGCCCCUGUACAUGUUGUUUACGGAGCCUGUGGUAUUUAUUGUUUGGGCUGCCUUUAGCCUUGGAACGGUCUAUCUAUUCACCCAGUCUGUCGAGCUAGUGUAUGGACAACUCUAUGGUUGGGAUGCUAUACUAGCAGGUUAUGUCCAGAUUGCCAUUGUGUUUGGUGAAAUUCUUGGUUGUGGACUUUGUAUGUCCACUAAAGGCUGGUACUACGCAUCUGCUGACCAUAAUACCGAAGUUCCCGGGACAUCUAUCCCUGAGGCGAGAUUAUAUACAUCAAUAAUUGGGGGUUUCUUUGGUGUUACCGGCUGA